AUGUGCGACAUGUAUCAGGGAAAGCCACAUACUUCAUCCAAUAUUGCCUGGCAUAGACCCCAGUCUGCAUCCUCACUGCAAGAGGAGGAACUUAUACAAAAAAGCACCAGAGCAGUGUGCCAUACUACUGAUCCUUUGGAGAAAUUACGUUUGCUCUGUCUAUCUAGAGGGGCAACUGGAGUUUUAGGUUUAGGGAGGGUGUUCAGAAGAUUUUACAAAGAUGGUAACAAAAAACUCAACAAGGAAGAGUUUGUCAACAUAUUGUCCUUAAGCGGAGUUGAGAUGACCAAGGAGGAAGGCGAGGAGCUGUUCGACAUGUUGGAUUCUGAGAAUCAUGGCACCAUCAGUAUCGAUAAAUUGAUCGAGAAAAUACGUCCGCCAAUGUCAGACUCGCGCCACGCUGUUGUGGAGCAGGCAUUUAGGAAACUGGACAAGGCCGGGGAGGGCGCCAUCACCAUCGACGAUAUUCGCAAACUCUACGCGGUCGAGUCUCACCCAAGGUACAUGAGUGGGGAGGAAACUUCGGAAGUGGUUAUGGCUCGGUUCCUGGAAAACUUCGAGAUUGAUGGAUCCGCUGAUGGAAAAGUGACACUGGAGGAAUUUAUGAAUUACUACAGUGGAAUAAGCGUUUCCAUUGAGAAGGAUAGCUUCUUCGAUCUCAUGAUGCGUCAAUCUUACAAGUUGGUGUUCAGAAGAUUGUACAAAGAUGAUAACAAAGAACUCAACAAGGAAGAGUUUGUCAACACAUUGUCCUUAACUGGAGUUGAGAUGACCAAGGAGGAAAGCGAGCAGCUGUUCGACGUGCUUGAUUCUGGAAAUCACGGCACCAUCAGUAUCGAUAAAUUGAUCGAGAAAAUACGUCCGCCAAUGUCUGACUCGCGCCGCGCUAUUGUGGAGCAGGCAUUUAGAAAAUUCCUCCACAAGCCCGGCGAGAGCGCUAUCACCAUAGACGCUAUUCGCAAUCUUUACGCGGUCGAGUCUCAACCUAGGUACAUGAGUGGGGAGGAAACUUCAGAAGUGGUCAUGGCCCGGUUCCUCGAAAACUUCGAGAUUGAUGGAUCCGCUGACGGAAAAGUGACACUGGAGGAGUUUAUGAACUACUACAGUGGUAUAAGUGUUUCCAUUGAGCAUGAUAGCUACUUUGAUCUCAUGAUGCGACAAUCUUACAAGUUG